CUCCUUUGGGGCCUCGCGGCCGCAAGGCCCAAUAUUCUAUUCAUCCUCACUGAUGAUCAAGGAAAAUACAUGGGAGGCCUGGAUCAUAUGCCCCGUCUGCAGGAACUUGUCGUCAAAAAAGGCACAACAUAUGAAAGCCACUUCUGCUCCACAGCUGUCUGCUGCCCGUCUCGGGCCAACAUCUGGACAGGCAAGAUGCCGCACAACACCAACAUCACCGACGUGGGCAUGCCAUACGGAGGCUACCAACGAGUCGUCGAAGCUGGCUGGAACGACAACUACCUGCCGCUCUGGAUGCAGGAGGCCGGCUAUGCUUCGUAUUAUGUCGGCAAGCUCUGGAACGCCCACACCCCGGAUAACUACAACAAGCCCUAUGCCAGGGGUUUCAACGGAUCUGAGUUCCUGCUCGACCCAUUCACUUACCGUUACUGGUUCCCCAAGCUGACCCGGAACGGGAACCCACCGGUUGAUUAUAGCGGGAACUACUCGACUGAUCUGCUCACGCAGAAGGCUCUUGGGUUCUUGGAUGAUGCUUUGGAGACCCCUGACCAGCCCUGGAUGUUGACCGUUGCGCCGAAUGCACCGCAUUCCAAUGGUUCGAGUACCGCUGCUGGUGUGCAUUGGUUUGGUGACCCCGAGUACCCUGACCGUCACGCGGAUCUGUUCAAGGACUACAAGAUUCCCAGAGACAAGAGCUUCAACACUGCCAUUGAAGGCGCGGUAAGCUGGGUCAAGGAUUUGAAACCGCUCGGAUCGAAGCAGGUUGACUACAUUGAUGAAUACCAGCGCCGUCGACUCCGUGCUCUGCAGUCGGUGGAUGAGAUGGUGGACAAACUCAUCGCGAGACUAGAGAAAGCUGGUGUCCUUGAUAAUACUUAUAUCUUUUACUCCACCGACAACGGAUACCACGUUGGACAGCAUGCUAUGCAGCCCGGGAAGAACUGUGGAUAUGACACGGAUACAAACGUUCCCUUGAUCAUUCGAGGACCCGGUAUCGACGAGGGCGCCACUGUAGAUGUUGUCACAAGUCAUACCGACCUUGCCCCGACGUUCCUCUCCAUUGCUGGGGCUGCAGACCGAAAGGGCUUGGAUGGAAAGUCUGUCCUUAACUUGGACACAACCGCAAAGAACAAGACGGAGCACGCUGCAAUUGAAUAUUGGGGCUGGGCCAUCCCAGAGGGUAUCUACGGAUACAUCAGCAACCAGACCGACCAGGAUGGUAACGGGUACAAGGGGAACACCUACAAGGGCCUGCGUUUAAUCUCGGACAACUACAGUUUCUACUACGCAGUAUACUGCAAUAACGCACGAGAGUUCUACGACCUCAAGGCCGACCCCCACCAAACCGUCAACCUGGCCGCACAACCCGCCAAGCACCAGGACUACAAAAUCGCCAACAGACCCCUGCAGCAGGUCUUCCAGCGAGCAAACGCUCUCAUGAUGGUGCUGAAAUCCUGCACAGAAGACGCCUGCCGAGACCCCUGGGCCCAGCUGCACCCCAAGGGCGCCGUGCACAACAUCGUCGAUGCACUGGACAAGGGGUUCGACAAGUUCUACGCCAACCAGCCCCGCGUCUCCUUUACGGAAUGCUCGCUGGGAUACCAUAUUUGGGCCGAGGGGCCGCAGAAAUUCAACGUCUACGGCCAGGCGAACCGUGUUGAUGCGAGGGAUAGUGAUGAAGAUGAGGGCUCGUCGGGCCCUCUUGUGAGUUACUCGGAUAUCACGCUUUUCACGAGUAUGGCAUUGGCGGUGUAUGUGCUCUUUGCAGGCGUAUAGAGACCGAGGAAGGUGCUGCUGAGUGUGUUGGUUAAUGUUAAUAUUGAUGUACCUUCCAC